AUGGCCUCCUCAUCUGGACCCGGGCCGGGUGAAUAUAGGGCCCUUUCCGGGCUUUUCCGGGUUUACCCUUCCCAUUAUGAUCCCACUGAGAGCCCAACUCGUACUGCGAGACUUCAGGUAGUCUGCAAAGCAUCACUCUUCGCAGUAAUUAGUUGUGUUGGAAUAUUGGCAAUGUCAAGGAGGCCAAUAAAUCCGUCUCGAAGAAUAUCAGAGAGUGGGACAGCUCCAUUUUCAUCUUCCCUUUAUUCAAGAUCCCGCUCUCCCCCUUAUUUAUCAUUAGGUCUCAUCAUUCUGGGAGCAUUCCUACUUUUAGUCUAUUUAUAUGGAGGCCAAGGUAGUUAUGCCCUAAACAAGGGAGCUGUCAGUCGGGUUGAAGGUGACUUUUCAUGUACUUUAGAUGUACAACGUGCUAUUCCAAUUUUAAGAAAAGCAUAUGGCGACAGCAUGCAUAAGGUGUUGCAUGUUGGUCCAGACACUUGUUCUGUGGUUUCCCAGCUGUCAAAAGAGGAGGACACUGAAGCUUGGGGAGUGGAACCAUAUGAUAUAGAGGAUGCUGAUGGUACAUGCAAGAGUUUGGUGCACAAAGGCAUUGUUCGUGUGGUUGAUAUCAAGUUUCCUCUUCCCUACAGGCCGAAAUCAUUUUCUCUAGUUAUCGCCUCAGAUGCAUUGGAUUACUUGUCUCCGAAAUAUCUCAACAAGACCCUUCCUGAGUUGGCAAGGGUAUCGGCUGAUGGACUAGUCAUUUUCACAGACCUGCAAAACCUAGUUACCUCUAAUUUUUCUCCAAAGGAAGUCCACCUCUGA